CUCUCUCUCUCUCUCUCUCUCUCUCUCUCUUCCUCUCUCAAAUUUUGUGUCUUGGAGAAAUUAGAAUUGCAGUUGAUAUUGUUUGUGCUUCCGCAGAUUUUAGAGAAAUGACGCUUGAAACCCUUUCUUCUAACGAGCUCUUUAACUUCGUUAUCUAUGAUACUAUAUCUGCAACCCCAUACGGCAGCAAUGACUCUUUCGUCACUACUUUUUCAAUGGAAAAUAGUCUCAGUUCCCAAGAACAAGCUAGAAGUACCGCUUUGAAUUGCUCUCCAACGGAGGCGACUCCUCAUCCACAAUGCAGCCGCUCGCCAGCGGCGGAGCGGAGGACUAACCUGGCCGUUAAAGGGAGGAAAAAGAGGAGGAGAAAGCCGAGGGUUUGCAAGAACAAAGAAGAGGCUGAGACUCAAAGAAUGACUCACAUUGCUGUUGAGAGAAACAGGCGAAAACAAAUGAAUGAACAUCUGGCUGUUCUACGCUCGCUCAUGCCUGAAUCUUAUGUCCAAAGGGGUGAUCAAGCAUCCAUAGUUGGUGGUGCCAUAGAGUUUGUGAAGGAGCUUGAGCAUCUUCUGCAAACCCUUGAAUCUGAAAAGCUUCGGGUACUGCAACAAGUAAGAUCAGAAGCUGCUGCCGAUGAAGAAAACAGCAGCACCAACACCAACACCAAACUGUUGUCGUCGUCACCACCAUUUGCACAGUUUUUCAUGCAUCCACAGUACACCUGGUCUCAGAUCCCUAACGGGUACACAUCAAAGACCAAGGCAUCAACGGCGGAUAUUGAGGUGACAUUGAUCGAAACUCAUGCCAAUCUUCGAAUCCUCUCACGAAAAGGUCCCCCGCAACUUUCCAAGCUUAUUGCAGGUUUCCAAUCACUUUACCUUUCCAUCCUCCACCUCAAUGUCACCACCAUGGAUCCAUUAGUCCUCUACUCUAUCAGUGCCAAGGUUGAAGAAGGAUGCCAACUCAGUUCAGUAGAUGACAUAGCAAGGGCAGUUCACCACAUGAUCGGAAUAAUUGAGGAAGAAGAUGCUACUGCCUUGUGUUGAUCGAUCCAAAUCACCAAAAUGCCACCCACUUUUUUUCUUCAUUUUUACUUUAGGGUCUGGGUUUGGAUUAUGUUCAAGAGUUUCUGCAACUUUUUUACUGCCAUUGUAUGUAUGAAGGCUUGAGUCAAUGAAGUAGUAUGUGUGAAUAUAUAAAACUAUGUUACUACU